CCUCUCAACGUGUCAGGAGGAAAGCCCAGACUGCAGCUCCUCGGACCAGUGGCUGGGCAACUGCUACGGCUUCCUGUCCGCGGUGGCACCGGGGCAUGUCUGGGUCUGCAGGCUGCAGGCAGCUCACCUGCUCAGAAAGGGCAGAUUCCAAGAGUGUGUGGCCGUUUGCACCAAGGCCCUCAAGGGUUUCUCAGCUGAUCAGCUCAGAGAUGAGGCGGCUUUGGGUCUGCUCUUGGAACGGGCUGCUGCCUAUUUCUCCCUGGGUGGAUGGAUGGAGGAAAUGGUGCAGGAUUUAGCAGAAGCCUUUGCUGCAAACCCUGCCCAGGCCAGGAAACGCUUUGACGAGCUUUUCUCGCCACGUGACGCUGAGAAGAUUGAAGAGCAGGCCAGAACUGUCCUGGAGGUGAAGUUUGCAGCAUACAGGGAGGCUGUGCGGGCUCGCACCGAGCUCAGGGGCAAUCAUGGGACUGAACUGCUCCCUCCUGUCAUCCAGACCAUCCAGCUCCUCCUGCAGCUCUGCCCGGCAUCCCAGCGGGAGCUCAGAGUCCGGCUGGCAGACUGCCAGCUCCUGCAGGGCCACCCCGGGGCUGCCCUGGCCAUCUGUGACCAGCUCCUGGCAGCAGAGCACAAAACCUACCACAACACCCUGCUGGCACUGAGAGGGUUCUGCUCCCUCCACGCCCAGGACCAUCAGCAGGCCCUGCAGGACUUUCAGAAGGUCAUUGAGCACGAUUCCCCACACCCCAACAGCUGCAUUAAAGCCCUGUGUGGCCGCGGGCUCAUCCGCAUUUCUGGUGGCAGCUCCUACCUGACAGCCCUGGAUUACAUCACGGCCUGCCAGCUGAAACUGGAAGAAACCAUCUUCACAAUCAAGUCCUAUGUGCCAUGGAACCAAAGGGGACUGCUGAUGAAAGUUCUCCAAGAGGAAGGACAGAGGAUGCUCCAGAAGAAGAGGUACCCGGGGGGCAGUUCAGUUCAUAUUCAGAAAAAGAAACAGCGCUGGGCAGAUUCCUAACCUUGAAGAGAUGCCCCUGGUGUUUUCCAGCUGGCCUGUCUCUUGGUGGAGCUGGACACUGCUGAUGAGGCCUCGAGGAUCCUCUGUGCUGAUGCCCUGUACCAGAUGGGCCGUGGGGAAGAAGCCCACAGGCUGCUCUCGCUGGCCCUCUCCAGAAACCCCCAAAGGGCUCCUGUCCUGGCCAGGCUGGCACUGCUGCAGCUGAAGAAAGGGUUUGUGUAUGAUGGGAACCAGCUGCUACAGAGAGUGAUCAGAACUGGAGAUACCUCCUGCCUCCUGCCCAUCAUGGACAUUUUCAAGGAUGAGGACAGGAAGCUGAUGCAAACCCACUGCCAUGUCCAAGCACUGGCCAUCCUGGAGAGCCAACAGGAGGAUGUUCACAUCAAAGAGGCCAUUGCCUACCUGUCCUUUGCAAUUAUUGCUGCAGGUGGUGGUGCUGGAGAUUGCCUGCUCAGCAGGGCUCGGUGCUACGGGCGCCUUGGGCAGAUGAAAACUGCUAUUUUUGAUUUCAAUGCCAUCCUGAGGGAGGAUCCCAGCAACGUGCAGGCUCUGAGUGGCAGAGGAUUCGUUUUCCUCGCCCUGAGGCGGCAGAAGGAGGCAGUGCAAGAUUUGAUCUCAGCGCUGAAGGUGGAGGCAGAGGCAGUGAUCCCAGCAAUCCUGUCCCUGAAGGGUGAAGCCCAGGAGCUGAUCACUGGGUGGCUCCUCCAGCACGGCAGGGCUGUGCUGACCCAGCUCGUGGCUGCCAGAGACACCUCGACAGGAGAAACCCUCAGGGACCUCCUCGUGAUUGCAGGAGCACUGAUCAAAAUCUGCAAGGCUGCACAGUGUCACAUCUUCUACACAGAUGUCCUGAUUGCAAGUGGGAGGUGUGAGGAGGCCCUUACCCAUCUUCAGGGAGCGUUUGGCCACUGCCCCACAGAGGACUUUGCCAGGGCACGACUGGCUGUGCUGCAGCUGAAGAGCAGGGACGUGGCAGGAGCAGCUCACUCGCUCAGUGCCCUGGCCCAGAGAGAUGAAAGGGAGCUGGAAUUUCUCCUGAACUUCGUAGACACCGAGCAACAGCAGCAGCUCGCUCAGGUGGCGGCCCGGCAGGGCCAGGCGCUGCUGAAGGGGCAGCAGCUGGAGAGGGCCCUGGGCUACCUCUGCCUGGCCGUGGUGGCCAGCGGGGCCAGCCCGCGCUCGCUGCGCCGCAGGGCCGCCUGUCUGCGCCUGCUGGGGCAGCCCCAGCGCGCCCUGGCAGACCUGGGCACCCUCAUCCAGCGCCACGGCUGCCACGGCCCGCGGGACCUCUGCUCCGCCGGCCACCUGCUCCUGGCCAUGGCCCGGGACGACGCAGCCGUCCAGCACUACAUCCAGGCCCUGCAGCUCGACCGGGCGCUGGCCCUGGGCAGCAUCGCCGAGUGCCCUGGCACCGAGCCCGUGGCCAAGGCCUUCCUCAGAGUCGCCCAGCGCAACCUGGAGAUGCGGCGUUACGAGGAGGCCUGGAGGGUCACGGACUACGGGCUGCAGAUCCAGAAAGACACCCAGCUCCAGAGGCUGAAGACAAGGCUGAAGCGAGAGGCAUCGGGCUGCAGCAUCCACUGAUCUCCCUGCUCGGGGAUUUUCCACCCUCCGCUCGCCGGUAUCGUGUGUUUGUGAGGCUGCAGGGAUAAGGGAAAGAUGAGAAGCUCGUGAUAAAUAUGCAACAGAUGUGGCACUGAACAGGAUGAGAAGUAGAAAGUUUUAGGUGGUGAAACAGAACCCGAUCAAGGGAGCCAUGAGGAAAAAGGAAAUUGCAGUAUUCAGGAUUCUUUUGAAAUUAUUUAAAAGUUAUUGUGGGUUAUGUAAGCUCCCCCUGGGGAAGAAAGCUUUCUUCUGGCUAAACUGAACUAAUUCUAACACAGGGGUUCCAGUCCUAGUGAAGGAAAUCAUUCAAAUGGCUUGCAGCUUAUGAAUAAUAAUCAUGCAUUUCCAUGACACUUGAUUAGCUUUAACACAUACUAUUCAAUUAAGUGGCCUUAUUUUUAUGGGCCAGUCAAAAAGAUCAGUCAAAAAUAACUUCUGUCAUGUGUUUGUGAAGGCCCAUGUGUGCUACACCCCUCUCCUGACCCACUCCUGGAUGGAAGGCUCUGCCCUUGUCAAACUGCAGUGGAUUCACAACAAUCAGCACCAAUAUUGGG